AUGCUGGAGAGAUCACCUCCAGCCUCGGCAUCAGAGCUGCCAACUCUACGAAGCCAACUUUCUCGUGAACAGGCCGAGCCGCAGAAGUCUUCUUCCGGUACAGGUUCUCGCAAGUGGCCCUCCUUUACAGUGCGUCGACCAGGGCGGCUCAGUUCGGCCUCCUCAGCAACAAAUUUUGGGGCGACGUCCUCAUCAUCCACCCACGGAGCUCGAAGUACAACCACGAAGUCCAAAGGCACUACAACGCCUUGUUCAACGAUUCAGGACGGCGUUGGGGGUACUUCUCUUCUUCGAUCAUUCUCUGCAGAGCGCCAUCGGGUGUCCGUGACAGGGACAUCUACCACACCCACCUGUACUGUGGAUCCAGCCACUCCAACGAAUGCCGGAAGUCCACAAAAGCCCUUCGUCAUAAGGUCGUCUAGUUCUCCACACCGGAAAAUGUCGAUAAGGGGCGAUGGCGGUGGUUUUGGACAGGGUGAUAGAGUUGACUCAGUUGAGGUGAGUUGUGUUACUGAAAUAUAA